GUCUUGAUCAUUUCGAUGUGAACCUGUACCCCCAUCGUGGGCACACUGACAAAGCAAACCCAGAGCCGCAUGGCUAUAAAACCGAAGCUGGAAUGUCCUGCUUGCUUCAGCUCAGGCCGAGUUCCUCGUCUCCGAGCAGCAUAGAUGUUUUCUCAGCUCUUCGUCGCAGUCUACCUCGCACUCUUCGCGGCAGCCACUCCGCUGACCGUUCGCAAUAGCCCGGUGACGGUCUCGCUUGCCCGUCGCUUCAACCAGACUGGGUCCAAGACGGUUCUGGAGCUCGACCAAGCGAGAGCGAGGUUUUUCCAGCGCACCACCGCUCGGAAGGGCGCCAAAGCCUCAACUUUCGCCGCUGCCGCCGAUUCUGACCCUGUCACGAACGGAGCAGUCAGCUACACCGCGGAAGUUAAUGUUGGUAGCCCCCCGACUACUUUCAGCCUUAUCGUGGACACCGGCAGUUCCAACACCUGGGUUGGCGCAGAUAGGGCUUAUACAGAGACAUCCACCUCCCGUGAUACCGGUGCCGAAGUGGAGGUCGAGUACGGCUCUGGGUUCUUCUUCGGCGAAGAGUUCAUCGACGAAGUGAGCGUUGGUGGCUUGACGAUUCCACAGCAAUCUAUUGGUGUUGCCGAGUUCUUCGAAGGCUUCAGCGGAGUAGAUGGCAUCCUGGGUAUCGGACCUACCGACCUUACCGAAGGCACUACGUCGAGCGGCGAAACUGUGACGGUGCCUACGUUCUUGGACAAUGCGUUUUCCCAAGGUCUUUUGAGCUCAAAGGAGAUAGGCAUUUCCUUCGAGCCGACCACCAGCGACUCAAUCACGAACGGAGAGCUCACAUUCGGUGGCACCGACUCGAGCAAAUUCACUGGUGAACUUCACUUUGUACCUAUCACUUCCACUUCUCCUGCUAAUGAGUUUGUGGGCAUCGACCAGUCCGUCGCAUACGGGUCCACAACCAUCCUCAGUGAGACCGCCGGUAUCGUUGACACUGGUACCACCCUUACUCUCCUGGCCUCCAACGCCCUUGCUACCUAUGAGGAGCUCACAGGCGCAGUCCUCGACGAUGUGGACACAGGUCUGCUGACCAUCACUGCUGCGCAGUUCGCCAACUUGCAGAGCUUGUUCUUUACCAUCGGCAGUACUACCUUCGAGUUCACGCCGAACGCGCAACUCUGGCCUCGUGCUUUGAAUACUGCCAUCGGCGGCAACGCGGACAGUAUCUAUCUCGUCGUUGGAGACCUUGGCUCGGACUCCGGCGAAGGCCUCGACUUCAUCAAUGGCCAGACCUGGCUGGAGAGGUUCUACUUCGUCUUCGACGCUGCUACCCCCCAAGCGGGAUUCGCAACGACACAGUUCACCGAUGCCACCACCAACUGAGGCUGCAGAGGGCGCUGUCUGUUUCAGCUCGUAUUUACUCUUGGUCUGGCAGACUUAGGAACAACAAUUGUACUCGUAAUGAUUGAACAAGGACUGGUAUCUCGACUAUGAAAAUGUAUUGCAAAC